CGCAGACCAGAACCUCAGGAGUGCAGCCUCCUCAUAUCACAGGGUUUACGCCGUGGCAUCAUUUCACCUCGUGGAAGACUGAGGUGAGGUUCCUGCACCUGUUCGGCUGCUUUGACUUUGACUGGGUGACAGCGAGAAGUUUGGUUCUGCAGCUCCACCUUCCCUCCGGCUACGGUCAAGCUGCAAUGAGGUUGUGUGCGGGACUCUGCGCUGUCCUGCUGUUGCUGAGUCAAGCUCUGAGCGGGUCUCAAGCAGCUGGUUCAAUGAUUAUCAAAAAUCCAGACAUCGAUGCCUCCUGGUACACAGGCAGAGGGAUCAGACCGGUUGGGAGAUUUGGCCGAAAAGUCCACAGGAGAAAUGAGCGUCUGGGUUUCAUCACAGCCGGAGUUUAUAGACCGAAAACUGGCAGCAACGUCUGGAUCACACAGUGAAAAAUGCUUGUGGAUGAUUAAAUAUCUACUGUGUUUUCAUUUUUCAGUGUUCAGUGUGGGGUUAGAGAUUUGGACGCAGAUUUAGGAGUCGUCAAACAUUGCGUGAGUUAUUUUCUGUACGUUGUUUUUUUUUUUUUUUUAUAAAUGAUUUGUGUUUUAUUUAUAAGAUCUUAGUGAGGGAUUAUGGGAGUUUUUCAGCUUUCAGGCAGGGAGGUAAUAAAAGUAUUUUAACGAUAUGUGGCAAUCAAAAUGUGAAAGUCCGUGAAAAUCCGUCCACUUGUACUUCAGAGAGUCCUGGAAAGGGCUUCGUAUGGGAAUAAACUACAUGAAUGAACAGCGUGAAAUAAUAAAGUUA